AUGUAUCGUCUCUUUAUUAGUUUUGCUGUACUAGGAGUUGUUGUGUCAACUCCAACACUAAAAGCAAAAGAAGAUGCUCGUAUAGUAGGAGGAGAUGAUAUUGAUAUCACAGAUGCACCCUAUCAAGUUUCACUGGUUAAUAGAGGUAGCCAUUCUUGCGGAGGAACCAUAGUCUCCAGCGAUAUUGUUAUAACAGCUGCACAUUGCGUUAUGGGAUCCAACCCGGCAAACUAUCAAAUCCGAGCUGGGUCUUCAUUCAGUGGACACGGUGGUGAACUAUAUCCUGUAGGUGAUUUAUUAGCACAUCCCGACUUCAGUUACUCAAAAAUGGAUAACGAUAUAGCCGUUAUUUGGAUGGCCAAACCGUUUGAAUUCAACGAAAAAAUUGCUGCAAUUGAUAUGUAUGAAUUAGGGAAUGAAAUAGAUGAUGGAGAUGAUACUACAGUGACUGGUUGGGGGAAUACAAGGGAAGGAGGUGGCUUCCCUUCAACUCUUCAAAGAGUUAUGGUACCAAAAGUGAGUGAACAGAUGUGCAAUAAAGCAUAUGCACCGAUAUACACUAUCACUCCAAGGAUGCUUUGCGCUGGAUCACCUACAGGUGGAAAAGAUGCUUGCCAGGGAGAUAGUGGUGGUCCAUUAGUUCACAACAACAAACUUGCUGGCGUAGUAUCAUGGGGUCUUGGCUGCGCUAGGCCACAAUACCCUGGUAUAUAUGCAAAAAUAUCCACUUUGAGAACAUGGAUUGACGAGCACAUCCUAUAUUUAAGAAUGAAGAAUGUCCUGAGAGCAUUGCCUUGA